GUCUUCUGUCUCUCUCGUGACCGCGUGUGCCUACCACUCCGUCACUAAACUAUUUCCGUUACAUUUUUCUCGCUUUUCUGAAUGAAAAGUUGACGUAUCCGAGAUUUAAAGUGUGUGUGACUGUGCCAUAUAGUUUAAUAAUUUAUCGACCGAAGUUUAGUGAUUAACAGGUGUUUCAGUGGCUGGAAGUUAAAGUAAACAAACACGUGCAUCCUUCAGUGUCAUUCAGCCUGAAGGCUGAUAGUUCAUAUUCAGAGUGUCGUGUAGUGAUGUGUUGACAUGCCGGCAGCCGCUCUAUCCCGUGAGACGCCCCCCGCGUCGCCCCCGCUACAGCCCGCUACAUACCAAGAAGCACUUGCUUCUGCAGAGCCUGGGGAUACGAUAGCAACAACCAAAGAAGAAGAAUGGGUGACUCGCAAGACGAGCGAGGUGACGACGACUCGUCAGAUCGCGACGCGGGUCAAGCGUGAGCUGCUUCUGGAAGAUGGCAGGAUCCUGAAGGACUCCGGGCCCAAGAUAUCCACUUCAGUCAAUGAGGAUACUCACACCACCAAUCUGCAGCAAACUGAGCACCGGGUACCCGAUGAUCCGGUCUCUAAGGAUGAGCCUGCUGCGAUCUCUGGUGCGGUGGGCGGUGCCAUAGGAGCUCCGAUAGACGAACCCGAUGGCUUAGACCUGGACGGUGUGAUCGCCCCAGCCGGCACCAAGGUGCUGGUCUCCUCACGCGUGGUGGCGAACCCAGAUGGGAAGGUGCGGGAGAGCAAGGACCAUCGGGUCCUCACUAGAAACGUCACCGAUCACGUCCGAGAGACCGAAGAACGGUUCCACCGAGGAGACACUACACAUGACGCGUUGAUUGCGGCCGUGAAUGAGACACCCGAGGAAGACAUCCGCGAUGCUCUGAAGGUGCAGACGGAGCAUCAGUUGGCGCUCGUGCCGCGUGCGCCUAAAGUCAUCAGGGACACUAUUGCUUACAACACCACCAUCAACACUGAUGAUACGGAGGAGUUACGUGCCCUGCGGCCUGAUGGGACCAUUGUAACUGAAACCCGACACACCAAGGAGCAAGAAAGACUCUGCGACGAAGAACUAUCUAAAGAAGAAGCCAAAUCACUCCGCAGCAACGAGAGCGUGGUGGAAGAGACUGGUGGAACGGAGCGGAGGAAGCGGGUGGACCUCGAGCGGAGCACCGACCUGAUGGCGGGAGGCGUGCGGGUCGCCACUCACCUGCACUCCCGCACCCGGACUGAGGAAGCUGAGAGGGAAGGCAGACCAAACAUGGACGAUGAUUGGGAUAGUUUGUCCGUUCGCAUGCGACGACAGCGCCGUCUUCGUCACAGCGACCACGACAAGGACUACACGAAACGCCCCCUCGACUUCGACAUCGAAGAGGAAACGCGCAAGAAAGAAACCUCCAAGUGGCUCGAGAGCCACUUCGGCAGCGACUCCCGAUCGUCACACGACUCCAUUGCCGAAGAAAUUGGAAAGCGCCCGGAACCCACGUUUUACGUCAAGAACAAAACAGCUAACGACGAGGGCUACUACGGGAAAACGUCAUCUUCAGUGCCACCGCCGCCAGUGUACGGAGACCGCGUUUUAAGAAAAACAAAAUCGUCGACACCCUCCGACGAGCGUGUGCCAGCGUCUGUGAACAGGACAGGGGGAUACUUUAAGGGAGUAGCAGAUUGGUCUCAAAGACGUGCAAGUAAACCCAGGAUGCCGGAACCACGAAGCUCAUCGCCGUCACCUCCGACGGUGCGCUCGCCAUAUGCCAGCGACGACCGGCUAAACGGCUCCUCCCCUAGACACGUAUACGGGAAACGCGAAUCGCCUCAAGGGAGGUCAUCGCCGAUCAGCCGCCGUCACCCGCCCUCGCGCGACGACUCCGCCUACGUAUCUUCGUCGACAAUGCACAGCCCACCACGUGGUUCCCCAUUCCGUCCACUAGAAGCCGACCGCUCCUUCCGCGAGCCGUCAGUCGAGGACGACUACAGACCUGUAGCACCUGAGCGAAAACGUCAUCUGAAGCAGCGAUUGUCUGAGGAGCAUCGUUACGACAGUGGUUACAGAAGUUCGUCACGGAACGAAAACUCGGGACGGUCGCGUGAUAGCAGGGAAGAGGGAGCGACAGAGCCUCCGCCCGAUUACUCCCCGCCGAGAGAGCGUCGCGGCAGUUCAGAUAGGGAUCGCACCCCACCUCGUAGACGCGAUCGGGACGAGCGGAAACAAAAUCAGAAAACUCGUUUCGCUGAUAGCGGUCGCCGCCCGUCCCCGGCUCGGAAGUCUAUGGGUUCGGCAAUCGGGAACUCGAUCAGGAAGUUGGUGGGGAAGAUUCGCUCGGCGUCUGCGGAGAGGCGCGCGCGGUGGCGGAACUCGCGCUCGCCGUCGCCGGAGCACUCCUCGCGGACUUACAAGCAGUAUAGUGGAGACUUGGCGCCGCCGGUCGCGCCUCCACACCGCUACUACCUCGGGGAGGACCCCUUCGCCCCCAGCAUCUACGGCCGCGAGCACAAGUACGAGGGCAGUUCGAGACGCGCGGCCGCUGGCGACGCCCGCGACCACCGAGACCGGGGCCAGUUUUCGAGCACUUUGGGUCGGUUCAGUCACUCCACAAGCCGACUGAACCCGAACAGUGAAACAGAGGAGGACUACGCGCGCAGCGCCCAGACUCUGCCGAGGAAGUUGCACGAACGCAAAGAGAAAACCACCGAAAAGCCCAGUUCAAACAAGUACUGGCACAAACUCACACCUAACAAACGAUCCAGUAGUGCAGUGAAUAUUUCCAACAACGUGUCAUCUUCACCCGACGGUAAAAUAAACGGAUACCCGCCUGGACCUGCUAAGCCGGCGCGGGCGUACAAGGCUCUCAACAGGAGUAAGAGUUUUGCUAUGGGAGCACCCGAACAGGAGACACACCCGCGUUACGUCUCAGGAAUGAACAGGAACUACUCAACCAUGUAUAAAUCAAACCCUCACUUGAGCCGUCUGGAUGAGACGCCGGAGCAACUGAAGAGUCCAGGCAUCGUGUCUAUAAUCAACAGGAGUCAGCGAGACCUUGCUGAUGCAGUGUCUCGCGAAACAGAACGAAGACGCGAUGGGCUCUUCGGCGCGAGAUACGGCAAGACCACACCGAUAACGAAUGGCCAUACGAAUGGAUACAAAUCCCACGAGGAAGCUGACAAGAAGAAAAUAUUCCUAAAGGGUCUACGAGAACGGGCACCUGAACUCUACCAGACCCUACACGCCGAUGACGAAUCCGAUGGCAGCCGGUUGUCUUCACGAUAUGGCACACCGUCUCCGCAUUACAAAGAUCGCAUAUCGGAGGAGCGAAAGAUACCGUUGUAUAAAACAGAUUCAUUAAACAGAGAAACUAGUCCUUUCGUGUCUCGUUUGGAGACGAGGUUAAAGUCUCCUGCGAUCCGCCGAGGCAGCAAUAGCAGCGACAACUAUUCUGAGACAUAUAGGUACCAAACGAGAUCGGGAGACCCUGAACGACCCAGUGUCACAGACACAGUGGAAACGGUCAGCAAGAAAAUUGUUCCUUCAAGGGAUGGCCGUUCAAAGGAAAUAAUUGAAUCAAGAGAAGUAAAUUCCGUAACUAAAAGCAGAGGUUAUAAAGAUCCCUUGUCCAUAAAAUACAUUGAAAACGGAAUACGGCCCUCGCCUCUUUCGUACGAAACCAAGAAUGGAUCAGCCCCGCUGUACUCAGAGCGGAGAAGUAGUAACUAUAAAGUAUUGGAGAAGAUUCGAGAUUAUUAGACAUUUGAAAUUAAUAACACUGACUUAUCAAACGCCUUAUGCCAUAUUUUUCUAUUAAGUACUUAUACGAAUAAAGAGUCAUAAUGCAGACUGAGUCGUAUGCUUUAGAGAUAAGUUGUCUAACGUGAAAUUACAAUAAAAUAACAAGUGUUAAUUUGAUGUAAGUAAGCUGCUUUUUGUUAUUUUGUAAAAAGUCAUAGCUUUACUAAUUUAAUUCUAAUAAUAUUGGCCUAAAUCCGUCCAAUGUAAUAAUUUUAAAUUAAUUGUUAUUAUACGUAUAUGUACUUAUAUUAAAUUGAUUUUUGACAACCUCGAUAUAAAAAUAGGUAAGUUUAUCUAUGUUUAAAACGUCAUAGAUACCCAUGAUAUUAAUAUUUUAUAAAAAUAUAACGAAUGUAUCAAUUAAAUGUAAUGUGUUAAUACGCACUA